CUCUGAUGCAAAAGAAGUAACUUUAAUUGUGGCCAUGUCGUUAUAGUAAACAUGUCUUUUCGGAUUACCGUUGUGUUAAUUUUCGGAUUUUUGUUUGUUUUGGAUACUUUUCCCUCUUUAUAUUGCAAUGAAUACUUUAAAGAUGACGAGGAGAAGAGGAACUCGACAUUCCGUCAGGAAUGGGGGCAUGCAAACAUCCGGGAGGGGGCGCACAUGUUCUGGUGGCUUUACUACACGAAUGCAGACGUGGACAAUUAUACGGACCGACCGUUAAUCAUAUGGCUUCAAGGUGGUCCUGGAAUGCCGGGAAGCGGCUAUGGAAACUUCGUUGAAAUCGGUCCACUGGACAGCAACUUCAAAGAAAAGGACUACACUCCGGCAGAGGAUUUCAAUAUUUUAUUCAUCGACAAUCCCGUAGGUGUCGGUUACAGCUACGUCGAAGAUAAUUCCACAUCGCUGCCGCAGAAUAACAAGGAUGUAGCUGAUGAUUUGAUGAGAUUCUUUGAGAUUUUCAUAAAGGAAAAACCGGAGUUCCUUAAAACAUCAAUUUAUAUUUUCGGAGAAUCGUAUGGCGGCAAAAUGGUAGUCGAAUUCGCCUAUCAAAUAAUGAAAGAGCAAAAACAGAAGAAAAAGAACAGGUGGAAUCUAAAAGGAAUAGGGCUGGGUAACUCAUUCAUAUCCCCAAUUAAUUAUAUUAGAAGUUAUGCUCCAUUUGCGCUGCAUCUGGGCCUGGUGGACAAAAACGGUUUUACCAGGAUUGAUGAAUGGGCCGCGCACAUCGAACAUUUGGUCACGACCAAAAAAUUCGAGGAGGCAUGGAUCGCCGAAAAUACCAUGGUCAACAUUCUCAUUGGGGAGAUGCCCGGCAUCGAUAUAUACAACUUUAACGCCAGGUUGAAUAUAAGCUUGAAGCCAGGUUACUUAAGUUACAUCCCAAGGUUUUCUGAAAUAAUGAAUGGAGAAGUUAAGGAUAACCUUUCUAUAACUCAAAACAUUGAAUGGCAGUUUUUUAGUAAUGAAGUAUAUGAAAAAUUGGCUGCUGAUGUAAUAAAACCUGUCACCAAAAAAAUUGAAGUUCUUUUAAACAACACAGAUAUAAAGAUUAUUGUUUAUAACGGGGUUUUGGAUUUUUUGGUAAACACAGCUGGAACAAGACUUUGGAUGAAUAAUUUAAAAUGGAAACAUAAGGAUGAGUGGAGAGAGCUGAGGCAAACGCCUUUUGAAGUCGAACAAGACGUAGCGGAGGGAUACUACAAAAAGUAUGGAAAUUUAAUUUUGUACGUCAUAUUUCGAGCAGGACACAGCGUGCCUGUGGAUAAUAUGCCGGCUUUUAGGCAAAUAUUAAAACAGGAAUUGUUGUGCGGAGAGUUAUAAAUUGAAAAAUUUGUACAUAAAUAUGUAAAUAUAUUUAAAUUUAAGUUUUGUAACAUUCUAUUCCCAUAUGUUGAUUAAAUGAUAAAUAAAUUAUUCUGGAUAGAAAGAGGCG